AUGGUGUCGCGGCGCUCGGCGUGCCGUGCUGCGCCCGGCCGUGCGGCCCCGCUCGCCGGCGUACGGCCCCCCGUCGGGCUGGCCCCCCUACCCGCCCCCGCCGCGCCCCCGCCGCCGCCCGCGCGCGCGCUCACCCCUCCGGCGCGCUCGCAGCCAAGCGGCCGUCGGGGGCCGGGCGCGCCGCCCAUCCCACGCGCACUCACACAGACGCCGCCGCCCACACCCCUCCCGCCCCCGCCCCACCCCACGCCGCCCCUCCCGGGCCGGGCCGGGCCGACACCGCAGCUCGAUGUAUCACUCUGUGUGCCGCCGCCGCCGCCGCCCGCUCUGUCUCUCUCGCUCCCCCGCGCCGCGCCGCACCGCACAGUAGAGAGAGCCCCCACCCCCUUCCUGCCCCUCGCGCACGCACGGCCCCAGUACUCUACAACUACCACUACAACUACAGCGACCGCACGCCGGCGCUGCGCUGCACCAGCCGCCGGCAGCGCGGCGGCAGAGGAGGCCAGCCAGCCGAGCCGGCGCGUCCCUCCGCCCCCGCAGCGGCGCAGCCGAGCGGAGCGCACUCGGGCCUCCGCCGCCUCCCCGCCCCCAGCCCCCGCUCCCGCCCCCACCCAGCCCUUCCAAAAAACAGCCGCAGCCCCUUCCUACCCACCCCAUCGGCGCGCCGGCUGGCGUCAGCGAUAUUAUAACAACCAGCCAGCCACCCACGGCCCGGCUAAAUGUACUCGCCAAUUUACUUUCAGGAGUGUUUGUCCCGCGCUGGCGCCGGCGCCUGCAACUGGCUGCGGCAGAAUGGCCUCGCUUUUUCCCCCUCCCUCUCCGCCCGCCCCCACCCCCGGCGACACCUCGCGCCGCAGCCCGCCUCGCCUCCCACCUACCUCCCCCAGCCCUAGCCGUCCACCUCUUUUCCUCCUUUCACCCGGCCGAACGACGGGCGAGCCGUAG